GCUUCGCUGCUACUACAGGUCGGUGCGGAUCAAACACCUUGCAGUCGGUUCAGAGCCAUUGAGAAAAAGGGGGUCUCUCUCGGAUAUGGUGGAGUAGGCUACAUCGGGGCGGCUUGGAAACCACCUGGUUUGGAAUAACCCGAUGGAAAUUGGAGGACGGGGGCCUUGCGAAGUCCGUUUCGAGGAGGUUUUCAUGGAGCGUUGAGAUUAUUAUUAUGUGGUGGCUUGCCUUAAUGAUGUUUACAUCUCCGGCUUUCCCAUUCAUCGUGUUUGUGUGCAUGGGGUUAUCCGAGGCGGCUCAUUCCUACGAUGCGCUGCCUUUAGUAAUAAGGAAAUCUCGUUCAGUCGCCGAAGAGCAUCCAAAUACGAGCGCGAACGGGUUUCCAGGGUACCGGCUCGGUAUUGUCGCAUUAACACCAGCGCCCACGAUCGCGUCCGCCAGAAAACCGAUAAAUGUCGCCGCACCAGCAGCCACCAUUAAACCACCAACAACGGAGCCCACCACCCCAUCUCUGUCUAAUCCCAGCUACAUGGCCGCAUUUGCUCGGAGGAAGCUCAGCUCUGUUGAAACACAGAUGAAAGAAUCGCAGAUGUCUGAUAAUAAAGCGGACAGAUCGGGCGUCGUGCCCGAUUUUAGCACAACCUCUGACAAUUCUCAAGAGCUGGUGUGUAACUGCAGCGGCGAAGGAGUGUCGGACCCUGACGAGUGCGACCGCGAGACGGGUCAGUGUGACUGUAUGCCGGGUUACACUGGGCUGCAGUGUGAAGAGUGUGAGGAAGAUCACUUCACCAACGGCACCAUCGGAUGCCUGCCCUGCGCAUGUGACUCCUUCGGUGCCGACGGCUUAAGCUGUGACAGUUCAGGACUGUGUAAGUGUAAGACAGGUGUAUACGGGCCCAAGUGUGAUGACUGUCACCCUGGAUUCUUCCACUUCAGCAGUACAGGAUGCCAACCGUGCCAAUGCAACAACCACUCUACCUACUGCCACCCCCAGUCAGGUAUUUGUUUGGACUGUCAGGACAACACUCAGGGCCACAACUGUGAAGAGUGUCUGCCCAACUUUUACCGGCGUCAUGGUGAGGGGUCCGCGGACGCAUGCCUGCCUUGUCCCUGCUCCUCUGAGACCUCCAGCGGCAGCUGCCAUCUCGAUUCCAGUGGACGACCUGUAUGUGACGAAUGCAAGCCUGGCUUCUCCGGCCCGACAUGCAACAUGUGCGCGGACGGAUUAUUUAAAUCGGCAGGCGCCUGCGUGCCCUGCGACUGUAACGGGAAUGCGGACCCUCGCUCCAUGCCACAAAUCUGCCACCCUGAGACUGGCCACUGCCACCGCUGCGUCAACCACACAGCGGGAGCACACUGUGAGAUCUGCGCUCCAGGAUACAUGGGGGACGUCCGCUACCACAACUGCACCCUGAGAGCUGUGAGAAUCCUCCCAACUCAAGAAAUCAAGACCUCCACUACAGAAAUCCCCAAAUCUACAAGUUCUGUAACCUCUACACCUCCCUCCCAUCUCCUUACUUCCUCCUCCUCCUCUACCACCCACCCAAGCCUACCGACCCUUCAGUCCGGCACAGGAGACUCCUCAGGACACAACAGCACGGCCUCUGCCCUAACAGUGGUGUCCUGGACGCAGUUCAACAUCAUCAUCCUCGCCGUCAUCAUCGUGGUAGUCGUUCUCCUCAUGGGCUUCGUCGGAGGCGUGUAUACGUAUCGCGAGUACCGCAAUCGGAAACUCAACGCACCCUUUUGGACCAUUGAGCUGAAGGAGGACAACAUCAGCUUCAGCAGCUACCACGACAGCAUCCCGCACGCUGACCCCAACGGACUGUUGGAGGAGGAGCCGUGUGUGGUCGCAGCCAAUGGGCAGUUAGCGCUCGCCACUGCCGCCAACAUGUACAAAGCGUGAAGUCGUCGGUACGAUUGUAUCUUCUCUUAAAAGUUCAGGCAAAAGUGGACAUUCUGUUAUCGCUUACUCGCUCUUAUGUCGAACCUGACUUCGGUUUUUUUAGUGGAACAUAGAAGAAGAUAUUCCGAAGACACUAAAGUCAGUGUCAGUAAAAAAGAUUAGUUCACUCCUGAAUUAAAAUUUCCAGAUAAUUUACUCACGCCUAUGUCAUCCAAGAUGUCUUUAUGUCUUCAGAUGCAAAGAAACUAAGGUUUUUGAGGAAAACAUUCAAGGAUUUUUCUCCAUAUAGUGGACUUUAGUGGUGGCCAACGGGUUGAAGGUCCAAACUGCAGUUUCAAUGCAGCUUCAAACGGCUCUACACGAUCCCAGCGGGGGAUUAAGGGUCUUAUCUAGCAAAGCGAUCGUCCAUUUUCUUUAAAAAAUGAAACCACAAAUGUUCAUCUUGCACUAGCUCGACGCAUUACGUAAUCACGUUGGAAAGGUCACGCGUGACGUAGACAGAAUAUUCCUUGGCUGGGAUCGUGUAGAGCCCUUUGAAGCUGCAUUAAAAAUGCAAUUUGGACCUUCAACCCAUUGAUCCCCAUUGAAGUCCAAUAUAUGGAGAAAAAUCCUGGAAUGUUUUGUUCAAAAAGCCUAAUUUCUUUGUGACUGAAGAAAGAAAGACACGAACAUCUCGGAUGACAUGAGGGUGAGUAAAUUACAAAGAAAUUUUAAUUCUGGAAGUGAACAUUUCAUUUAAGGGUGAGUAAAGAACCAAAUUUUCAUUUUGGUUCAGCAAACUGUUAAUUUUGAUGAUUACUGAAAGAAGGUAGCUAGGGAGCCAACUUUAUGAUUUGAUUCUACGCACUAUUUAGCUCCCCAUUGCUUCCUAUGUGAUAUCCUCAUGCAAAGUGUUUUCACGUACAACAUUUCAGCGAUGACUCGAGGAAAUACCAGACAAGCCAUUAACAUGUUACUCCUUGGAGACAAAAACGCUAAAAUGUGAAUGCAUUUGCUCUUAAAUGAGUCCGUGUGUGUUUGGGAUGCUAAACUUCAAUUGAGGAAUUCACUAUUUCAGAGGCAAUUAAAAAACGUUUGGAUCUACACGCCAAGACAAUUUCACACAAAACUGCUGUUUGUACAGAAAACUCGCAAGGUUUUCAGACUGUCCCGACUGCGCCGCCUGGGAAGUUCAUUUUUGCUUUGCAGUUUUCAGUGGAAAUCAGGAGGAGUUUAUUCACUCUGCAAUGCUUUUGUAAAGGAAACAAAGACAGCCAGUUUCAAGUCCUUUGUGCGUGUGUGUGUGAGUCUUUGACAGAUACUAUUUCAUACAAUGGCGGGACUCUGGAUUUCUUUGGAAUGCAGUCUCGCUUCGAUUUCCUCUUUACACGAUUCCUGUCAUGGAUAGGUUACCAAACUGAA